GGUACAGUCUAAUGGCGUAAUUAUCUUACUGCCUCGCGCUGAGUUAACUAUGUGCGCAAACAACGCAUUGUGCAUAUUUAGAGCUCGUCUGCCAGGCGAGAGGAAUUUCCCAGAAUGCAUUUGUCAUUACCUAAGAAGUACACGACUGUGUCGCUCUUUGACAAAUGCACUGCUCUCCCCGCGGUCUCCCUUCACUCUCUAGUCUGCUGUUCUACUGGGUUUUAACGCUAUUUCUGCUCUCUGCCUGAGUGAUAGGAGGGUGUUUUAGCAGGCGGCUCCUGUCUCGCCGCUGUUUCUGUUCUCCCAGUAGCAUCGGCCGCAGCCAUGUCCGGGUUCAAUCUACUGCAUCUGGUCAGCAAAGGCCAACCUGUAAAACUCAAGGCCUGCGGGCUCCCUUCAGGAACGUGCCGAAGUAAGAAGACAUGGCCCAAGACGUUCCCAGAGGAGGAGCUGAGGAAGCGACUGACCCCAAUGCAGUACCAUGUAACUCAGGAAAAGGGCACAGAGAGUGCUUUCACAGGAAAAUAUACAGAUAAUAAAGAGGAAGGAAUCUACCAAUGUGUCGUUUGCGGUGCCCCUCUUUUCACGUCUGACAAGAAGUUUGACUCUGGAUCAGGAUGGCCGUCCUUUUUUGAUUUGAUCAAUAAGGACUCUGUUACACUAACUGAUGACUUUUCGUACGGAAUGCACAGAGUGGAGACAACCUGCAGUCAGUGUGGUGCUCACCUGGGCCACUUUUUUGAUGAUGGACCUCGACCAACAAAGAAACGCUACUGCAUAAACUCUGCUUCUCUCAAUUUCCGGGCAAAAGACAGUCCUUCUGAGGAGGUGGAAGCAUCCGGAGGAGCAGGUCAAUCACCACCUUCUAGUAAGAAUGAAGAACUUUAAUAGGACUUAAAAAAGACCAAUCGGAUGUCAUGCUACUCCUAAGUUACUCCUGAACUAUCAGUUCCAAAUCAAGUGAGCCGUGCAAUCAGACAAGUAUAUGUUUAGCAAUAUCAUCUAUAUCAGAAUCGCAAUAUGAAAAAUCAAUGUCCAGAUAACAGAUUAGAAUGGCCUUAUGUUUGCUCCUCAACUUCUUCACUUGAAUUUUAUGUCAGUUGAAGAGCUCACAUUGCUUCAAAGAGGUUUACUCGGCUAAACUGUUUUUGAACACUUGGUGGUAAUUUUCAAUCAGGUACAAAAGUUUGAGACUGCUUUGGAAAUCUGGGAUUUUUCUUUCAUUUAUUUUUAUUUCAUUUUCGCAAACUUCCUGGUGUCAUUAAAACAAAACAAGGACAAACCAAACAUAAACAUUAUUUCUCAUAUUCUUUUUUGUCAAUUCAGAUUUUAAUUCCGAUUUGUUUUUCUGAUGAUAUCAUUUGUAAUGGAAAAAAGAACUAGUGGUCUCUGACUUGUUGGACCCCAUUGUCAAUUGAAAGUCCAGUGAUUGGAAAUGAAAUAUAUAUGUAUACUUUCUCAGAGUGCAGUGUUGUUUUUGAAGUGACAUGUGAUACAGGGAGGUCAAGAAGUUUGAGGAAAAUGCUAUGCAAGUGCUCCUGUGAGCAGUAAAAUAAGCACAGAGUGGAGAACAAAGCAUUCUUUGAAAUAAAAUGGAACAGAUGACAAAUGUUUAGUCUGAACACAAAUGUAGCCUGACUUUUAAGGGUGCUUUUUUGGUCUCUCUGCUUGCAGUGCCUAUUUUUGUCCCGAGAUAACAUAUAUAUAUAUAUAUAUAUGGAUUGACUUUGAUAGAAUUUUAAUUAAUAUUGACCAGUGUGAUUAAAGAGAUAUUAAGAAU